AUGAAGGUGAUGAGUAACGCACUGCCCAUUGUCAAGGAUGUCAUCAAAGAUAUGUUCCUCAAUCAUCUAACACCUUUCGAAGUGUUAGAAAGUUUUAAGAUUGCGGAUCUUGGAUGUGCUUCGGGUCCAAACACCAUUCUAUUUGUGUCCAAGAUUAUUGACACCAUCUACAAUCUGUCGAUCCAGAACAAUAACAAAAUUUUAGAAAUAAUGGUCGUGUUGAACGAUUUACACAAAAACGACUUCAAUAACAUAUUUCUUGCACUACCGUCUUUCUACGAUGGACUAAAGGAAAAAUAUGGAUGUGACUUUAGCCAAAAGUGUUUUAUUUCUGGGGUGCCAGGAUCUUUUUACCAAAGAAUUCUUCCACGUAAGAGUUUACAUUUUGUACACUCUUCUUAUAGCCUUCAUUGGAUGUCUCAGGUUCCUGAAAAUCUUGACAACAAAGGGCAUAUCUACAUGGCAAGAACGUGUCAUCCUAAUGUGUUCAAUGCAUAUAAGAAUCAAUUUUACAAGGACUUCUCUUCUUUCCUCACUCAUAGAUCUCAUGAAAUUUUGCCCAAGGGUAGAAUGGUCCUUACAUUUAUUGGAAGAAGAAUUUAUGACCCAUCUGAGACUGAUAUUUGGUGCUUGUAUGAAUUAUUAGCCCAAUCUCUUCUUGAUGCUGUUUCUGAGGGGUUUAUUAAACAAGAAGAUGUUGAUUCAUUCAAUUUACCGGUUUACCAUCCUUAUAAGGAUGAAGUGAAGGAAAUCAUUCUAAAGGAGGAAUCAUUUGAUCUUGAAAAGUUACAAGUUUUUGAAUGUAACUGUGACCCAGGGCCAGAUGAUAAAGACUAUGAUUACAAUGAUAAAUUGGAUGAAAAAGAAAGUGGGAAAUAUUUAACAAAUUGCAUUAGAUCGAUUAUGGAGCCUAUGUUGGUGAGCCAUUUUGGAGAGCUUGUCUUGGACUAUGUGUUUGAGAGAUAUAAAGAACGUGUAGCUAAUAAUCUUGAUAAAAUGAAGGAUACAAAUUAUAUCGAUCUCAUAAUUUGUUUAAGGAAAAAAUAAAAUGUUUUCAAUGCAUUUUUUUUUAUCUUUAGGCUUGUUUGAUAUAAGGUUAUUUGUAAAAGAGCUGGACUAUAAUUUCAAAUUUUGGUUGAUAAAAUUAUAAUAUUUGAGAUUAUUUAUGUUAAAUUA